AUGCCGGGAACGUACCAAUACUUCACCGAGAUCAAUUUUGAAUACCACACUCACAGUUUUGGCGCCAUAAGCCACUGUGAUCCAAGGUUCGCUCCGUCACGACCACCCAGUAUCGAAGAAACGAAGAAGACGCUCUUGACUUUAUUGGAAUCUUUUGCCGCGACAAUGAACGAUCUUCGCGCCGAGACUUGGAUCGCCCAUGGAACCUUACUGGGAUGGUAUUGGAACCAGAAGGUCCUACCCUGGGACAAUGAUAUUGAUGUCCAGAUGACCAUGGAGACACUAUGCAGGUUGGCUGCCCACAAUAUGAGCGAGUAUCACUAUCCAGCAGGAGGUGCUGGUGAGUACACGCCAAGGGUAUACCUUCUGGACAUCGACCCGCAUUAUAGGACAGUAUCGACCCGGGAUGUUGCCAACAAAAUCGACGGUCGAUGGAUCGACACCACGAAUGGGAAGUAUAUCGAUAUCACGGCCGUGCACGUCAGUGUUGGCAAAACGGAGCACACGCCGUUCGACCAGGGCGUUCUCUUCUCCAAAGACCGUCAUCGCUAUUUGAGCGAGGAGUUGUUCCCCUUGGAAGACAAGAGUUUCGAAGGCGUUGCCGUGAAAGUCCCGCACAAGCCUUCCAAGAUUCUUUCUGGCGAGUAUGGGAAGAAGUCUCUUACAGACACUCGCUUUCACUGGUGUGCUCAUGCCCUUCCCUUAGCUUCAGUCCGUCCAGGGGUCUCAUAUUGA